GUCGAGUCGCCAACUUUCAUUCAAAUUUUAUCCAGUUGCGUGCGAUAAGUGGUCUCCGACAGCCAGCGCUGAAAGCUGAAAGCUGAAAGCUGAAAACCUACGUCGUCCUGAGCUUAGUUCGCGCGACUAUAAAAUUCACGUCGCACCGCCGCGCCGCGCCGCGCCGCGCCAACUCUUCUCUCGCUCACCAAUCAAAAUCUCGUACUCGUACUCGUACCAAAAAGUAUACCUAAACCUACCUACCUACUCGUACGUACGUUUAUGCAUCCUGCGUAUAUUCGCACAUUCUCAUGUACGUACUUGGUCGACAAACAUAGGUCGGGUCGCCGCAAUGAUUCAAACAGUGCGUAAAUAAAGGUGACGCGGCGCGACGUGUGGUUUUUUCUUUCGCACGUAUUUUCGUUUUAUUUGCUACUCGUAUUUACCCAGUACCCACGUACCCUAAACAAGCUAGAAAGCCUGCAGGCCAGCGAGCCAAACAAACAGCAAACGAACAACUUGUGGUAACGAGAAGGCUGGAAAAAAGAGGAGAAAAUCGCGUAUACGAGUAAUUCCACGUGCAUCGCAGACAUGCCAAUGGUGGACGCUACUCGCAUCAACGCUGACGGAUUCACGAUGAUGGCUUCGCUAACGCUAAAAGCCCAGCUCGAAAUUGCUCCAGCGUGAAAUAGGUACGCGAGCAUAAUAUCGCCGUCGUCGCUCGUCAUCGCAACCGCCACCGCCACCGUCGGCUUUUUCGCACCCCAAAUACCAAGAUGCUGAACAUUGCCGGAAUCGUCUCGAUUGUAUUGUUCUAUCUGUUGAUCUUGGUGGUGGGAAUAUGGGCUGGCAGAAAAAAAGAAGAAGGAAAUGAUUCCGAAGAGGAGGUAAUGUUAGCGGGCAGAAACAUCGGUUUAUUUGUCGGAAUAUUCACCAUGACUGCCACAUGGGUCGGAGGUGGAUAUAUUAACGGUACUGCCGAAGCCAUUUACACGUCUGGUUUGGUUUGGUGUCAAGCGCCAUUCGGAUACGCGUUGAGUUUAGUUUUUGGAGGAAUAUUCUUCGCGAAUCCGAUGCGAGUUCAAGGUUACGUGACUAUGCUAGAUCCGUUGCAAGAUUCAUUUGGCGAAAGAAUGGGAGGACUGUUGUUUUUACCAGCCCUUUGUGGAGAGGUAUUCUGGGCUGCGGGAAUCCUAGCAGCUUUAGGAGCAACGUUGAGCGUGAUUAUCGAUAUGGAUCAAAAUACCAGCGUCAUCUUGAGCGCUUGUGUGGCAGUAUUUUACACGCUGUUCGGAGGCUUAUACAGCGUUGCUUAUACCGACGUUAUUCAGUUGUUUUGUAUUUUCAUCGGUUUGUGGCUUUGCGUGCCAUUUGCUUGGGCCAACGAAAAAGUGAAACCGUUAUUGGAUCAGGAUGUCGAUUGGAUCGGCCAAGUACCGAAAGACGAUUUAUGGUCGUAUAUCGAUUACGGUCUUCUUUUGAUAUUCGGUGGCAUACCUUGGCAGGUGUACUUUCAAAGAGUGCUUUCAAGCAAGUCGGCGGUGCAAGCGCAACUUCUAUCCUAUGUGGCGGCGUUCGGCUGUAUGAUAAUGGCUAUACCACCAGUGCUGAUCGGAGCUAUCGCCAAAGCUACGCCGUGGAACGAGACGGAUUACAAAGGCCCGUACCCUUUGACUCCUGUGGAAACCAGUAUGGUACUGCCUAUGGUUUUGCAAUACCUCACGCCGGAUUGGGUAUCAUUUUUCGGCCUGGGCGCUGUUUCAGCGGCUGUCAUGUCGUCGGCAGACUCGAGCGUGCUUUCGGCCAGUUCUAUGUUCGCCAGAAAUAUUUACAAAUUGAUGCUGCGGCAGCAGGCUUCAGAGAUGGAAAUCAUAUGGGUAAUGAGAGUAGCGAUUUUUGUCGUCGGUGUUUUAUCCACGCUUAUGGCUUUAACCAUUCCGUCUAUCUAUGGGCUGUGGUCUAUGUGCUCUGAUCUAGUGUACGUGAUAUUAUUUCCGCAAUUACUGAUGGUAGUUCAUUUUAAAAAGUAUUGUAACACAUACGGUUCGUUAAGCGCGUACAUCAUAGCCUUAUCGGUACGCAUAUCCGGAGGCGAAGCCAUGUUAGGUUUGCCCGCCUUCAUUCAUUUCCCAGGAUGGGACGGUGAAAAGCAACACUUUCCAUUCAGGACGACCGCCAUGUUACUGUCGUUGUUUACACUGGUAUUCGUGUCCUGGUUAUCCAAGUGGCUAUUCGAAACUGGUCGGUUGAGCGCGCAGCACGACUACUUUCAUUGCGUCGUCAACAUACCGGAAGACGUGGUAAAGGUGGGCGACGAAGACGACGAGCAUCAUCAGCAGAGAACUGCGUUAAAGGCUUCGUCGUCGUCGUCGUCGUCGAUGGCUGCGACGGUGCCAACGUACGGCGGCACCUCCAACAGCAGCGCCAGCGCCAGCGCCACUUUGGUCGGCGAUGACGAGCGCAACGGCCGAGUCAAUCCGGCCUUGGAAGUCAACGACGACGAAAUCGAUCUGACCGAAAUGAAAAGACGCAAAGCCAAGAGAAUCGCCACCGCCGCCGCCGCCACCGCCAACACUCAGCAGAAUGUUCGUCCCCCCUCCAACACGUUCGCGACUCAAGGUCAAACCUCGUUAUAAACAAUUUCCUACCUUUCUGUUUUGUUGCUUUUCAGUUUUCACCCCUACCUAAUACCUAGUUACCUACCUAUCUACUCUACCUGUAUCUAUUUAUACUUACCUAGUACCUAUAGUUUUUAUUCGGUUACCUAUUUAGGUUAUGUGUGUUAUUUACUACUUACGUUAGUUGUUUACAAAAAAAUUGAAAAUUGAAAAAAAAAACACGAAAAAGAAAGUUACCCCGACGCGACGAGGCCUGGGUGGGGGUGGGAGUGGGAGUGGGAGUGUGAGUGAGAGAUACUUACGAUCGAAUAUUUCGACUGGCGGAAAAUUUUCGCUUCGCGCCUCGCGGUCGAGUAAGAUUGUACGUACCUACACUGCACAGUGUACAGUGUACAGUGUACAGUGUACAUGUACAGCUACUUGUACAUAUGUAGGUACUUCGAUACGUAUAUACCUAAUAUGUACCUAUAUUAAAAUCUUUGCGCGUGGGCGAAAUUUCAUUUGUGGAAUUUUCGAAAAUUCAAUAGGUACCUAAUUUAAUUUUAGACGAGCGCGCGCGUUUCGGGUUAUUCUCUCGGUUACCGCUAUAACUUUGCAAAACUUGUUCUUCUCACUUUUUAAAACGUGGGUACCUACACGUCAACUUGGAAUUUUCCGCCGAUUGAGAUACUCGCCCGCCUACUCGGUACUCGGUACUCGGUACUCGUAUUUUGUGAAAAUAUCAAGUUGGUAGAUUUCCUAUUUCAACCGCUUAGAUCCUUGUUAGAAGAACACGUGCUUCUGCUUAUACGUACUCGAGAUGUACCAAUUUGGCGUGGUGUGGCGUGUGGCGUGUGUAGCGAGCCGGGAGGCUGCUCCGUGCUCACUGCUCACGUGUCGACUUGCGAGUAGUUUUUUCUCGAUCACGGCCACUGAAUAAUAUGUAUAGUGAAUAUGGUAUAACCGACGACCGUAGAUACGUACGAGUACUAAUACAUACCUGCCUACCAUAUGUACUAUUGUACUCGUAUGUGGUAUGUACAUCUACAUAUACGAGUAGUUACGCUAGCCGCUCGUUGUUUCUUAGUCGGCAAUUCUUCCAAUUAGUUAGCUACUUACCUACAUAUUUCUUAUAUAAGGAUUUAUAAUGUAGGCCUAGGUAUACUCAAUGCGAGCAGAUCUUCCCGCAAUCAAUCGGCACUUGGGCAGUUCUUUCCGUAGGUACUUGCUUACCUACUACCUACUACCUACUUAGCUAACCUUAAGUAGGUACAUAUAUUCUUUCGGCGCUCACCUCGCGCUCACGCACAUCGAAUUGACCGACCUACCUACCUACCUACCUACCUAUACCUACUCGUAGUCUCGUACAGAUGAGAUGCGACCGAAUUCGUAGAUCCAUCGCAGUUUUAGGGUACCUACUCGUAUACCUACCUAGUACCUACGUUUCGAAAUAGGCUUGGUACGGCGCGGUGCAGCACUCUCAAAAACGUGGCUGCCAACGAGUUGAGAUGUAGCGAAUUAGAAUUACCUAAUUUUACUCGUACGAGUACGUAGUACGUACGAGUAAGAGUACCUAGAGUACCUAUGUACUUAUAUGAACACAAAUUAGGUACCUAUGCUUUAGAAUGCUUCAAAUGAGGGGCGAGCAGGGUGGCAGAGGAGGAAGGGGAGGGGGAGGAAACGUUUUGAUAUGCGGUUUGUGAGCACGAAGGAUUUUGUAAACAUUUUUGCGGCAAAAACUGAUGCGCAACAAUCACCAACCAUCUCCGAGCUUCGUACAAUUCCCCCCCCCCCGUUUUCUUUUUUUUUGUUCGUUUGUACGUAAAAUACGAGCCAUGAGUUACGAAUGGAUGGGUUUGGCUAACUAUUUAUAGUAAAUGCUUAAAAAUGACUUUUCGCAUCGGGUCGCGGUCGAUGAGAAAUAAAUUUAAUUUACAAAUAUAAGCGCGCAUUUUACGAGUAUUACGUACAUAUUACUCGUAAAUAGGUACCUAGGUACUCAACUAUCGCAUCAUCGUACCGCAUUCAAAGUCCGACUUGUAAUUUUCAGCUUUUUACCAAUUACCUUAUAUGUACCUAUAUAGACGAUUUGAACAAUUUCCAAUCUAAAACUGACUGUAUACUACUCAAAGUAGUAAAUUUUACCUCAGUUGUUAUUCGAUUGUUUAUUUGUGUUUUUCUGUUUUUUGGUUUUUUGUUCGUACGUUUGUUUGUUUGUUUUCAUUUUGUUUUGUUUUUUUUGUUUCUCUGUUUUUUUUUUAAAGAUAUAAUCUGAAACUAUUAACUUUGAUUUUUUGUAGAUACUUGACGAAAAAAUUGAAUAAAUAAUUGUUGACGAA